AGGAGAGACGCGCGCGUGCAUGUGGAGCUCCGGUCACCGGCGGCAGAUCUGUUUCACGGUUUCACAGAUCUCCACUUCUGUGUGAUGUAAGACAGCACGAUGAGACGACCGGGGAACUAAAACGAAAAUUGUUGUUGAGAAGGAGCACAAUCUAACGACCGGACAAUUCCAAUUUCCUUUCCUCCCAGGAGGUUAUAAGCCUACAAGAGAUACUACAACAUGGAGCGCUCUCAUCUGAAUAACAGCUCCUGGUUAUUAGAGGAUCCGACCUGUCCAACAUCACUCAGCAGCACCACGUUUCUCAUCGUAGCGUACAGCACAAUGCUAGCAGUGGGUCUAGUCGGCAACACAUGCCUAGUCGUCGUCAUUACCAGACAGAAAGAAAUGCGAAAUGUAACCAACAUCUUCAUCGUCAACCUCUCAUGCUCCGACAUCCUUGUUUGCUUAGUGUGUUUACCAGUCACUAUAAUCUACACUCUCAUGGAUCGCUGGAUUUUGGGUGAAGCUUUAUGCAAAGUGACGCCGUUCGUCCAAUGCAUGUCUGUCACAGUCUCCAUUUUCUCCAUGGUUCUCAUUGCAUUGGAAAGACACCAGCUUAUUAUUCAUCCCACCGGAUGGAAACCUGUCGUGAGACACUCAUACCUGGCCGUAGCAGUAAUCUGGAUCAUCGCCUGCUUUAUCUCGCUGCCGUUCCUGUCAUUCAACAUCCUCACUAACUCGCCUUUUCACAACUUAAGUCUGCCUUUUAACCCCUUCAGCGAUCACUUUAUCUGCAUCGAGCAAUGGCCGUCUGAAGGGAAUCGGUUGACUUAUACUACGACUCUACUGCUGUGUCAAUACUGCUUACCAUUGGCGCUAAUAUUGGUGUGUUAUUUCCGCAUUUUCCUCCGUCUCAGCCGACGCAAAGAUAUGGUUGAAAGGGCUCGAGGAGGACGACAGAAGAAAGCCAAAGGCUCAAAGCGAGUGAACGCCAUGCUUGCCUCCAUUGUAGCCGCUUUCGCUUUGUGUUGGCUCCCGCUCAAUGUUUUCAACACCAUUUUCGACUGGAACCACGAAGCGAUUCCUGUUUGCCAGCACGACACUAUUUUCUCAGCUUGUCACCUCACUGCUAUGGCUUCGACAUGCGUCAAUCCGGUCAUCUACGGAUUCCUGAACAACAACUUCCAGAAGGAGCUGAAGUCGCUGCUUUCUAGAUGCCGCUGUUGGGGGCCGGCGGAGAGUUACGAGAGUUUCCCUUUGUCUACAGUGAGUACGGGCAUCACUAAAGGCUCCAUCUUGAGCAACGGCUCGGCUAGCACCUACCAGCCACACAAGAAAAACAGUUUGGAACAGAAAGAGAGCAUUUAAAGUACUUUUUUACCUAAUAUGUGACUGAUUUUUGCGAGGUUUAGAAUACUAGACGUUUCAAGCUCUACUAAAUGUCCACUUGUCUUCUUUAAACUCAGAAUGCUACAAAAAAUAUGGUUCCUACUUGAGUUUUUGUCUAGUUUCUUGCCCAAAUAUCUAAAAAUUCCCCAAAAUUUCCCCUUUUUUUGUUCGUAUUGUGAAACAGUUCCUAGAGAAACAGAAUAUUAAAUGAGAAAACAGUGGGCGUGGCAUGUUUUUUUUCUACUACGAGCUGAUUGGAUGCAGUAAAGUAGGCUUUUCAUUUGAAAGAUUGGGAAAAGUUUUGGGAAAGUUAUUACAACCUAACAGACUCCUCCUUCUCACUACUUCUGUUUGUAAUGGUCAAAACUGACUGUUGGAGGGGCGUGGUUAAGUAUGUUAGCCACGCCCACUACCUCAGACAGAUGUAAUCUGAGAACUUAACUGAAAACAAUCAGGAAGUGCAUUUUCAGAUUUCAAUUUUAGAUUACAAGGGAAAACUAUUGUUUUUUGUCUUAAUAACAUGCACAGAUAAUUUGUUUAUGAUGAAACUAGCAAUGUGAGCUAGCAAAAUCACUAUGGUUAGUUUUGAUUUCAUGCGUACUUUAAAUCAAGCCCCAAUAUUGUUUUGUUUUUAGAAAUAAUGAGUUCAAAUUAAGUGAGUUCUUCCUUAAAAGAAGAGGAAUUGUGUGCUAGUGAGGUUGAUAAAAUAAAAUGUCCUCAAACUAAAAAGAAGAUUAUUUUACUCAGCCCAGGCAGGUUAUUUACCCUGUUUUAAGGAAAAAAUGUACUUAAUUUUGACUAAAAUAAUGUUUUUUUCUUGUCUACAAAAUGCUUCUUGAUUUUUGGAUAUUUGGACUAAAAGGAAGAGAAAAACUCUAAGUAGGAAAUGCAUUUUUUCAGCGAAAAUGGACUGAAACUGAUUAAGGAAAGAUUUAUUCUGUCUGGGCUCUCCAGAGGACGACUCUGUAAAUUGCGUUGAUGUUUUUAUCCUCCGCUGGAAUGACUACGGCCAAUUAAAUGUUGCCGGACUUGUGGUCAUUAUAUGGUGAGUCCUUAAUGGCACAGAAAGCCAUUUUGCCAAUUUAGAGCAAGGUUUCUCUCUUGGAGAUGGUAUAAUGAAAUCCUGAAGGACUUUUUUUUCAUUGUCUUUGUCCAGUGUGUGACUUAGUAACAGCAAAGAAAUGGACUAUUUUGGCAAAACUGACAAGAAAAUAUAUUCUGUCGUAAUUUACUCACCUUUAUGCCGUUCCAGUACUGUUUAACUCUUUGUUUUCUGUGUGACAUAAACAAAUCAGAUUAGGUUAUUCUCACAGAAUGGGGUUUUAUAUUCAAAUUCACUACUUUUUCAUUGUUUUUCUGUCUAAAUGCAUUUGACAGUGACUGUUACAUUGCAAAAAAAUGCAUUUCUUACUUAAACGUCGUCUUGUUUAUAGUAUAAAUAUCUAAAAAUCCUUAAAACAAGAAGCAUUAUCUAGAUAAG